AUGCCUGAAGCCUUCACCACAUCUAGCAAUAAGAUCAUACUAGCAGAUGAAUCUGUAAAAGUGAUCAAACAAGAGAACGUGGUUGACGUACUAUACCAGGUCCACUCUCUCGGUCUCUAUGUUGUUGUUGAGGCUGAAAAUGGCCUGAUCCUCAUGUGGGACAAGAAGAAUAGCCUGUUCAUCAAACUCAGCUCUACCUUCCAGGGCCAAGUGUGUGGUCUGUGUGGUAACUAUGACGGUAAUGGAAAGAACGACUUCACGUCCAGAAACCAGGAAGUGGUUGUUGAAGCUCUGGAGUUUGGGAACAGCUGGAAAGUGUCACCCAGUUGCCCCAACGCUGAUGUCAUAAAAAACCCAUGCACUUUAAGAUCAUACAGGCAGUCCUGGUCUCUGAAACGCUGCAGCAUCAUCACCAGUAACGUUUUCUCAGCCUGCCACUCACAGGUGGACCCCACGCCAUUCCAUGAUGCCUGUGUGAGGGACUCGUGUGCCUGUGACACUGGGGGAGACUGCGAAUGUUUCUGUACAGCUGUAGCAGCCUACGCCCAGGCCUGUAACGAGGCAGGGGCUUGUAUCAAGUGGAGAACAUCAGAUAUCUGCCCUCUGUUCUGUGAUUUCUACAACCCUAUUGGUGAGUGUGAGUGGCAUUAUAAUCCGUGUGGAUACCCCUGUAUGAAGACCUGCAAGAAUCCCUCAGGAACAUGCUCCAGUCAGAUCCCUGCACUGGAAGGUUGCUAUCCAAAAUGUCCUUUGGCCCAGCCUUAUUUGGAAGAAAGUACCAUGAAGUGUGUCAGUAAGAAGGACUGUGGUUGCUACGAUGGAGAUGGAACUCAUUACAACGAGGGAGAGAUUAUACCUUCCAAGGAGAACUGUCAGACAUGUCGUUGCUCAUCAACUGAGGUCAGAUGCAGCUAUGUGGUCCAAGCUUGUAAUUGUUUAUACAACGGCAGAACAUACAAGUAUGGAGCGACCAUAUAUCACACAUCUGACGGUGACGGGACCUGUAUUACUGCCACCUGCAAAGAGAAUGGAACUAUUGUCCGGAUUAUGAACCCCUGUCCCAGCACCCCAACUCCAACAACUACACCAAGUGUUACAACAACACAGAUAUUCACUCAAGCACCAACCACAACAGUAUUUGUUUUCUCAACUCCUACCACUACCCCAACCCAUACCCCUACCCCCACAACAACUCCUACCACUACCCCAACCCAUACCCCUACCCCCACAACAACUCCUACCACUACCCCAACAACAACUUCUACCACUACCCCAACAACAACGCCUACCACUACCGCAAUAACAACCCCUAUUUCACCAACAACCACUUCACCCACUACUACUCCACACUGCCUGACCAAGAUUGUCUGUGAAUGGUCAGACUGGAUUGACAAUCACUAUCCUACUCAAGAAACAGGAGGAGAUUAUGAAACCAUAGAAAAUAUAAAGAAAUAUAGAAAUGAUACUUGUAGCCAACCUAAGGAGGUAGAAUGCAGAGCCAAGGACUUAUUCCUUGUUCCUUUGGACAAACUAGGUCAACAUGUUGAAUGCAAUCCCUCAGUUGGACUGAUAUGCCACAACAAGGAUCAAGGCAUCCCACCAAUAUGCUACAACUACGAGAUCAGAGUUAGAUGUUGUGUUGAUGUUUGUAGCAAUGGGACAACUACCACCUCAGUUAGGCCCACAACAACCAUUACAACAACAACUGCUACCACUACCCCAACAUCAAAACCAACAACUACCCCAACAACUACCACAACUACCCCAACAACAAAACCUUCCACUACCCCAACAACUACCACAACUACUUCAACAACUAAACCUACCACUACCCCAACAACAACCCCUACCACUACCCCAACAACAACCCCUACCUCUACCCCAACCACAACCCCUACCACUGCCCUCACAACAACCCCUAUUUCACCAACAACCACUUCACCCACUACUACUCCACACUGCCUGACCAAGACUGUCUGUGAAUGGUCAGACUGGAUUGACAAUCACUAUCCUACUCAAGAAACAGGAGGAGAUUAUGAAACCAUAGAAAAUAUAAAGAAAUAUAGAAAUGAUACUUGUAGCCAACCUAAGGAGGUAGAAUGCAGAGCCAAGGACUUAUUCCUUGUUCCUUUGGACAAACUAGGUCAACAUGUUGAAUGCAAUCCCUCAGUUGGACUGAUAUGCCACAACAAGGAUCAAGGCAUCCCACCAAUAUGCUACAACUACGAGAUCAGAGUCAGAUGUUGUGUCGAUGUUGUUGAUGUUUGUAGCAAUGGGACAACUACCACCUCAGUUAGGCCCACAACAACCAUUACAACAACAACUGCUACCACUACCCCAACAUCAAAACCAACAACUACCCCAACAACUACCACAACUACCCCAACAACAAAACCUUCCACUACCCCAACAACUACCACAACUACCUCAACAACUAAACCUACCACUACCCCAACAACUACUGCAACUACUACACCUACCACUACCACAACAACAAAACCAACCACUACCCCUGCAACUACUUCAGCUACUUCAACAACAUCUCCUACCACUACCCCAACAUCAAAACCUGCCACUACGCCAACAUCUACUACAACUACUUCAACAACUAAACCUACCACUACCCCAACAUCUACUACAACUACUUCAACAACUAAACCUAGCACUAUCCCAACAACUGCUACCACUACCCCAACAUCUAAACCUACCACUACCCUAACAACAAAACCUACAACUACUACAGCUACUUCAACAACAUAUCUUACCAGUAACCCAACAACAAAACCUACCACCACCCCAACAACUAUUACAACUACUUCAACAACAAAACCUACCACUACCCCAACAUCUACUACAACUACUUCAACAACUAAACCUACCACUACCCCAACAUCUACUACAACUACUUCAACAACUAAACCUACUACUUCAACAACAAAACCUACCACUACCCCAACAUCUACUACAACUACUUCAACAACUAAACCUACCACUACCCCAACAUCAAAACCUACCACUACCCCAACUACUUCAACAACUAAACCUACCACUUCCCCAACAACAACUCCUACCAAUACCCCAACAACUGCUACAACUACCCCAACAUCAAAACCUACCACUACACCAACAACUCCCACAACUACUUCAACAACAAAACUUACCACAACCCCAACAACAAAAGCUACAACUACUACAGUUACUUCAACAACUAAACCUACCACUACCCCAACAACAACUACUACAUCUACCCCAACAUCAAAACCUACCACUACGCCAACAUCUACUACAACUACUUCAACAACUAAACCUACCACUUCCCCAACAACAACUCCUACCACUACCCCAAAAACAACUCCUACCACUACCCCAACAUUAAAACAUACCAAUACCCCAACAACUGCUACAACUACCCCAACAUCAAAACCUACCACUACACCAACAACUCCCACAACUACUUCAACAACAAAACUUACCACAACCCCAACAACAAAAGCUACAACUACUACAGUUACUUCAACAACUAAACCUACCACUACCCCAACAACAACUACUACAUCUACCCCAACAUCAAAACCUACCACUACACCAACAUCUACUUCAAGUACUUCGACAACUAAACCUACCACUUACCCAACAACAACUCCUACCACUACCCCAAAAACAACUCCUACCACCACCUCAACAACAACUCCUACCACUACCCCAACAUCAAAACCUACCACUACCCCAACAACUACUACAACUACCCUAACAACAAAGCCUACUACUAACCCAACAACAACUGCAACUACUUCAACAACUAAACCUGCCACUACCCAACCAAACACUACAGCUUCUUCAACAACUAAACCUACCAUUACCCCAACAACAGCUACUACCACUACUCCAACAUCUACUUCAACUACUUCAACAACUAAACCUACCAGUAACCCAACAUCUACUACAACUACCCCAACAUCAAAACCUGCCACUACCCCAACGUCUACUACAACUACUCCCACAACUAAACCUACCACCUCCCCAACAACAACUCCUACCACUACCCCAACAACUGCUACCACUACCCCAACAUCUAAACCUACCACUACCCUAACAACAAAACCUACAACUACUACAGCUACUUCAACAACAUAUCUUACCAGUAACCCAACAACAAAACCUACCACCACCCCAACAACUAUUACAACUACUUCAACAACAAAACCUACCACUACGCCAACAUCUACUACAACUACUUCAACAACUAAACCUACCACUACCCCAACAUCAAAACCUACCACUACCCCAACAUCUACUACAACUACUUCAACAACUAAACCUACCACUACCCCAACAUCUACUACA